CACGGCGAAUAGUAUGAUGUCGGCCAAUACAUGUAUCAUUCUUCACUGAACACAACAAAUAGAUGCAGAUGAUGAAGGACAUAUUGAUAUUUUUCUUCGUUAAUGACCAUCAACUCUUAUUGUGAUGUCGACCAGCAAUAGUCAGUGAUGGGUUAUACCAUUUUGAGCAGAGUGACAGCAAAGAGGGUUCGUUUAUCGGUGCUCUUACUGACGGUCCUCGCCAUCUUUAAUGCCAUCGUCGCCUCCUUGCUACUAAAGAAUUCUGCCGAUAUUCACCAACCGCGGGAUUCAAAGAAGAAUGUCAAGAAUAGUUUCCACUAUCACAAGCCCACCGUUGACCUCAAGAAGGCGGACAAGUGGAUGUUGGAAUUUGCCAACAUGUCCCAGAAGGAUUCGGUAACCCCAUUGCAGAAGGACAACCAUGUAGGGCUACCGCCUGGUUGUUGGGACAAUAGCACCUUCGUCAUCACACUGGUGAUAUCAAAAUUUGAAGCCAGUUCUCGCCGCCAAGCGAUCAGGGAUUCAUGGGCAAGACCGUUCACGGUGGAAAAUAAUACUGCCCACACCGUCUUCGUGGUGGGCGAUUAUAUAGAUUCAAGAACACGCUAUGGCAUUACUGGAUUGACCAAUGAAAUCAUCAAGAAUAAGGACAUUCUGAAAGGACAGUUCAACCUUGAUACAAGGUCCGGUUCCCUGGUAUUUCUUGGUCUUCAUUGGAUUCUACGAAAUUGUCAUCAGGUCAAAUAUGUCCUUAUUGUCAAUGAUACCAUGUUUGUCAAUUACAGGCAAUUGUUCAAACUUCUGAAGCAUCACAAUGUUCACGCCAAUAAUAGAAAGUUACUGAUAGGCAACAUUCAAAGAAGCCAAACUCACAAGCCAUCUAAUUUUAACGUUGUUUCAGAGAAACAGUUCCAAUCUACGGAUCCUCUAAUUCCCAUUUCCAGUGCUGGCUUCGUUAUGAGUAUUGCUGCAGCCAGAGAUGUAUACAAAUUACCCUUGACUAAUAACAUGUUUCCACUAUCAGGCAUAUUAGGAAGGAAGCAAAAUUGGACAUUGGUCAAUCAGGACAAGCUAUUUACCACGACGCACUUAUCCUCCAACCCUUGCUUAGUUGAUCACAUUGUUUCAGCAAUUGUACCAGAUAAUCCAAAUGCAAUGGUUAAAAUAGUGGAUCAACUCAGCAACCAAUCCUGUCUCAUGAACUGCAGAGAUCCGGAUUUAGACAUCGUUCUUCCAAGCGAUAUCGACAACAAACCUUAUUUAGAUGAAGUGUUGGAGCUCCAGUUUGGCCAUCCAGAUAUCUGCUUCGCGCCAGGAGGAAACAACCGAGACAUAUUCAUGGUUUUGUUCAUUAACUCCUAUCCUAGGAACUCAGAGAUCCGGAAGGCCAUCCGUACAACCUGGGGCUCGGGGCUAUCUAUCAAUGGUGAGUCCAUCAGGCUGUUGUUUAUCCUCGGAAAGCAAGAAGUGUCAACAGAUACAAGUGAUGUAAGGAACGAGGUUGUACAGCACCAGGACAUUCUCCAAGGGAAUUUCAUUGAUUCCUUUCCGAAUCAGACGCUGAAAGUCAUCACAGCGCUCCGCUGGAUCACCAAGAAUUGCGCGCAUGCGCGUUAUUUGUAUGUAGGUGAUGAAGAUCGUUUCGUAAAUUUACGAAGUGUUGUUCGCUACUUGAAAGACCUUCGAAGCAAGGGACAGGCCGGAAAGAGAGUUUACCUUGGUUCGAAAAUUUAUGGCGACGGAAGAUUGUCCGUCAAAACGAAGGGUGGAGUAAACGUGAUAAGUUAUCAAGUGCAUGAUGAGCUGUACAGGGGGCGCUACUACCCACCGUUCUGCAGCGCCAGUGGGUACAUCUUAUCCGCCGAUGUGGCGCCUUCUAUGUACAGGGUGGCGCUGCGGACGCCUCUUAUCGGUAUUGCAGAUGUCUUCCAAGGAAUCAUUGCUAAGAGGGUGCUUGUUGAGCCUGUUGGACAUCGUGGUUUCAAAACAUGGAGUGGGAGAUUUGAUGUAUGUUCUUUGAGGAGUGACGAGACCCUAACUGUUCGUGGGAUUACCGCCACGCCCGAAGAGCUAUGCAAAGUUUGGGAAACCUUCUCGAAUAAGUCAAUCUUAUGUUGAUCACCGAGAAGAGAGAUACUUUGAGAGAAAGCAGCUUACAUAUUGUCCUAAAACUAAAAAAAAAAAAAACUACGAGUAGGAUAUGAAGGAGAAUAAUGAAGUUUUGGUUUUGCGCAUCCUGAUUUUGGUGAGCAGAUUUUAUUUUUAAAUUCAAUUUUCUUCAUCAUAAUCAAAACAGUUGAGCCAUUCAAAAUAUAAAAAAGGGAGUCAUGUAAGUUUUAUUUGGCCGCAGUUAUAUUUUACUAUCAGUACCGAC